AAUCAUCCUCCUCCAUCCGCUAAGACAGUGCAAUUAGUUGUGGAAUAAGUUUCCAGAUCUAAACUUUGACAAUGAGCUAAAUUAUUAAUAUUGUAGCUCUGGAAUUCUAUGCUUUCCUCCGUGAUACACGUUAAGUGACUCCUAACGCAGUCGAUCAUCUUGGUGCUUAGUUGAGAGAGUGCCUCAGAGGUCCGGAGCUCUACCCCAAUCAUGGCAAUACUGGGAGCACAGAUUGUCAUCACUCUGGUGAUGGUGAGCGUCAUUCAAAAGCUGGCACCACAUUUUUCUUUUGCUAGAUGGUUGCUCUGCUCUAACAAUUUGGUUAGGUUUCUGUAUCCCACCAAUGAUGAACUUAGAGCGGCUGCAGGCAUACCCAAAGACAAACCAAAAACGAAGAAAGGGAAAGAUGGAGAAAAUGGAAAAAUUGUUCUAGACACCUUUAAAAUACCACGAAACAUUGACAUUCAACUUGAAUUUUCCAAAGUCACUCCUCAAGAUGUUGUACAUCUGCGGUACUACACCGAAUAUCAGUGGCUUGUGGAUUUUGCUCUUUACACUGCUGUUGUCUAUAUCAUUACCGAGAUCUACACCUAUUUUUUUCCACUGCAAGGGGAAGUCAAUCUGAGCAUUCUAUGGUGUCUCCUGUUCCACAGUUUUGCGCUAAAAACGCUUUUCUCAAUAACGACUGAAUAUUUCCGCGGGUCUGAAUCAAUAGGAGAACGCUCAACUGUAAUUGUUUCUGCCUUCGCAUUUCUCUUAAUCAGCAUGAUGAUUUUGAUCAUUGACGAGUCAAAAUUAGAUUCUGGCCUUGAAACAGCUUAUUCAAGCUUCAACUCCUCAGCAUCGGUCUUCUUGGAAAAUCAAGGUCUUCCUUCUGACGGUCCAGCUUCAAAAAUCAUCCUGAAAUUUGUAAUAGCAGUGUGGUGCGCCCUUAUUGGUGCAUUUUUUGUUUUUCCUGGUCUGAGAGCAGCACAGAUGCAUUGUGAUGCACUGAGAUUUUACGAUGAUCGACAUUUGAUCCAGUUAUUGCUCAACCUCAGCUUUGUCUUACCAGGACUCCUGUUACUGUUUUGGGUCAAGCCGCUUUCAUCGGAUUACCUGAGCAAAAGAGUUUUCUCUGGCAUGACUGAACCAUUGAUCCGCUUGGAAUCAUUUGAGAGCAUUCGACUAAUAGUGGUUGUGGGCGUAAUCUUUCACAGAAUCAUGAUCAUGCCUCUUUUUCUACAAGCCUACUUAAACUUAGCACAUCGAAAAGUUGAGGAUCAGAAAAAAGAGGUUGGAAAAAUGACAAAUGUUGAGUUUCAGAAGAAGAUAGCAGCUGUUUUUUACUAUUUGGUGGUUGUUGCUCUGCAGUACCUUAUACCUCUUUUGAUGUGCCUUUAUUUUGCAUUUAUGUAUAAAACUUUGGGUGAUUAUUCAUGGUUAGGCACCCAUUCUCUGAACGCCACCGAACAUUUGACUCCUCCAGUGUCACCUACAGCUUCUCAAUCAGAAGAUGGAGACUCAAUCCUCCAAUCAGCCCACCAGUUUUCUCUUGCAUUAAAUUCUCUCAAAGAUGUUCUAACAGCAGAAGUGCACCGAGGAUUGUUCGGAUUCGCCACAUGGUGGAGUAUUUUCGCGCUCUUUACAUCUUCCUGUUUAGGUUUAAUCUACCAAUCAUACUUUGUGAAAGGCUACUAGUGAAUAGUUUGGCCACAACAUGUAUGAAUUUUCAUAACAAACCCCUCACAUUCUCUAGUCAAGUUUUCCGUCUUGUCAUUUUUUAAAGACAGAAAAGUUGCAUAUGCAUUCGGAAAGAAAUUGCUCUAGAGCUUGUUUAAAAUUUUUGAAUUUUUUUUUUUUUAAAAAAAUAGAAAAGUGUAAAAAACAAGUGAGAGUGUGUGAUGACACUUGAAAGUAUUGAAUAUUGUUAGUGACUGUGUAAAUGUAGCGAUGCUGUUUGUUGGUAGCAACCACCCAGGGUCGGUCUGGCUUUAAAAUUCUUGGGGUGCUGAUACGUUUUCGGGGCCCCUCCUCUCGGAUGAGAGCCCCCCUAACUAACCUAAAAUCUUCCUUUAUGUGGGUUUUUCACGUCUCAGGGCCCCUGAAUCCAUUUUGUCAACAUUUUUCGGGUGCUGUAGCAUCCCAGUACCCCUGGCCAGACCACCCCUGCAACCAUAGUCUGUCAUUACAUCUUUCGAAAAGUGUAGUUAAUGGUGUGUUAGUGUAAAUUUAAUGACUGAUAAAGUAAGGAAAUGAAUUACUCACAGCAAUUAUAUGUGAGAAACACCAGAGAGUUGAACUUUUUUACAAGCUUAAUGUUAAAUAUUUCUUUAAAAUAGGUAAUCACGUUGUGUUGGCAGCUUUUCAUUCACUGUCAUGCCAAACACUAGAGUCGUAUUUUUACACUCUUUGUUCGUUCCAGAUUGUCUCUACAAAGGCAUGUUUUAUUUUCAAACUGUAGUAUAAUGAAUGUUACCAAUAUUUUGUACAUUUUGUAAAGUUUAUGAAUUUUAUUAAUCAAAUGAUUUUUUGAGGGUACAGGAGACCAAGCAGUGUUAGGAUGCAUUUCAAUCCAAUUGUUCAAGUUGAGUCCACACUGAAAUCUCAACCAGCAAUUUACAACCUCUUUCGGCUGUGAAUCAUACUUAAUGUUGAAACCUAUUUUUUUCCUACCACAUGAAAAAAUGGAAAAUAUUAAAUUCGCUAGAAGGUUAAAGCUGUGAUUUUUGCAUGAAUUUGUCAGUGCAUGGUUCUGAAUAGGGAAGUUAAUUUUUUAAUACCUUAGUUAAUUUUUUAGUGUAUUAUGCACCUCUUAUUAUAAAAUGAAGAAUUGCUAAUAGAAAUAUUUGGAACAAUGGACAAUGUGCGUUUUACCAACAUGUGUGCUGCUUAAUGAAUUUCUUCAUUUUUUAUAUGGUGUUCGUCUUGACCUCCAGUGAACAAUUAACUUCAAAACAGGAGCUUUCCAUGUAUCAUUUUUAAGAAAGUCAGGGAUGACUAUUUUUUCUUAAAAUUGGCCCUAGGAAAGUUCAUUUAUUAAAGUUCUUUGUAUUCAGGAAUCAAGAAGAACAUCAUACAAAAAAAAUAACCAACGUAGGUCAUGCUAAAUUCCUCCAUGAAACAUGUAUUACUCUUUGACAGGGUCUUUUCAGACCAAAUGAAUUCUCCUGAAAACUCCUUAGUUGGAAGUGAAAGUGCUUUUAUACCCAGUUCUCAAGAAUUUUGUCACAAAUUUUUAAAACUUUCCACUGAAAUGCCCGAUUCUGGCGAAAUAUUCAUUUUAUUAUUCUUCUUUGACUUCACUAUUGUUAGGAAUUUUCUCUAAAAACUUGCCCUUCUUCCAAGUUUGGGUAACUCUUGUGAUAAAUGAUCCUAACCGUCUAGGGCCACCUCUUAACUCCUGCAUCUUCUUGUUAUUUGAUAAUCGGACUGUUAAAUAUACAUAAUUUUCUUAGUUAUUUUGUGUGUAAGCUAUUAAAUGUAUGAUCAAACAGCAGGUAUGACGAUCUGUAACAGUGCAUUUUCUUCAAUUAUCUGUUUUUGUUAGUGUAUUUUCCGAAGGGAAUACACUAUUUGUUUUUUGGGUUCAAGCCUUGAGAAGUGUUAAUGAUGAAAAAGCUUGUGGUAUAAAUUAAAUGUAUUUCUGCAUUUUCUUCGUCCUUUUUCCAUCAUCAAUUAAUUUGGAGAAGAUUCUAAUUUACUCUCUUGAAUCAGUACUUUUGCUGUUUAAAUGAAGGCACUUUUCAUGCAGUAAACCUCAUCAGCAUUGAAAUGGAAACUUUUCAUUCAUCAUUCUGGUGGAAUCGGUCAGUCUUUUAAUGAAGCAAAAUAUAGGUUCUGUGAAAAGACUGAAGUUCUCUCUGUUUUUUAAAAUAUUUUUUCUUCCUAGAAACCAAUUUUGUAUUGCUAAACUUGACCAAGUAUGAAAGUGACAAAAGCACUCUCACUCUUUAGCCAAAGUUCCUUCUGAAUCACUGCCUUUGUCUUCAUGUGAAAGACAAAAUUUUUGCUGUUAGCUCAAGCAAUCAAUGGAUAUGUUACAUUCAAAGAGAUGAAGCAAGCAUUUUGUCAAACUGCCUGGCAAAUAGUCUAAAUUUUUUGAAUUGGAUAUCUGGCCCUCAUGCUGACUUUUAACAAGAUAACACUUCUGUCAUAUAAGAAAAAAAGUAUUUGUGAAAUUUUGUAUCUUAUUCUAUAGGGAAUGAUUCAGAGUGCGUGAAGGAGCAUUCAUCUCAAAAAUUGCAUUAUGCCAUAAAGUACUGCAUAUUGGUAGUUUGUCACAGAUGAUGAAAAUCUCAAACCACGCAUCUCAGUUUGCAACAUUGCAGACUUCCCAUCAUAUUUUAUAUUUUAAAUGGAGAACUACUCAACGGCAAUUCUAAAAACUUCCGUGAUUUUUCUACUCUGUUGGAAGUAAAUUCUGAAAAAACUUCAAGGAAAAAUGUUGAUUUGUUCUUUUUCAAAAAAUAAAAUAGGAACAGCGAUUUCAACACCACAAACAUGAUACUUUGUUUAGGAGUUUCAGCUUUGUUAUACUAAGGAAAGGUUUCGUAUUCGUUAUACUAAUCUUCAAAAUUUGAUUAUGGGUCCUGAAGGCAUUUAACAAAAUGCUUGACUUGUUUUCUUGCUUGCAAUGGAUGUAUCCAGCACCCCUGUGUAAAUACAUGCUUAUUAUUGUAAUGAUGAUGUGAGUGAUUAUUUUUCAUGAGGAUGUAUAAACCUUAGAUUUUAGUUCUCAUUGAAUAAUGAUAGUUUUAUGCAGAGUUUACCUUUUGGAUCUUCAAUCACCACGUAAUUUUAAGACCAAAAUAUGAGCCAUAUAGUAUUAUUUUUCCUAUAAUUUAAGUGUGUACCCCUCAUUUUUGUAACUUUCCCUUCUAGACAGCUGAAAUUUUGCAACAAGAGGAAACCUCAUUUCUUUAACUUAACAUUAUUAUCAGUACUCUCAGAGAGAGGGGGAAAAUAUGAGUGGCAAAGGUUUGCACCAAAAAUUGUCUCAAUUUCGAUAUUAUUGAUCCACCUGCGUGACCAUCCAUGUGGUUUGACGUCCCAAAGCGGAGAAACUUUUGAGUUAUUGUAACAAUAGCUCAGAGAAUUGUUUUACAAACAUUUCAGGGCCAAAACUUGGACAACAGUGUUUAGACAGUUCAAAGUUCUCUGUUUAUGAAACAUCAGAACAUAAUUUUUAGAGAAGUAAUCUAGAUUUUGUCCUUACCUUACCCAGGGCUUAAAAGUGUUGAGUCAAAAGACUUUACGCCCUUUAUUGGUAGAAAAAGGAAAAGAGCCCCUCUUGCAAAAUUAUUCCUCUUCGAUACUGUCAUGUUCUAUUUAUUAACUUGCAAAUACUAAAUCUUGACUCACCUUGGUCAAAACCAUUUUCCUGCGAAAGCCUUCACCCACGUAAGAUCCCCUCUCUCAUUGACAGCCAUAUUUGUUUUGUUAAUGUUUGCUGGAGUCAGAGGUAAGCUUAUUCUGUAUGUAGCGUCACUCUUCUUGGGAGAUGUUAUCAGAUGCGUUGCAUGAAAACUCCCAAAAUAUAUCUUGAAAAUUGAUUAAAAUGGUUUGCACCAACGUUUUCGCAGUUAAAUUAUUAUUUCUUUUAAAUCCAACAAUUUGUGUUGAUCUGACUUUUGAUUUCAUAUUUUGGCCUCCUGAAAGUUUCAUCUUGAAAAUUGAAGGUACUUUUCUUGUAAUGCAUUUGAGUUUAGGUCUUACAUUUUUCAUUAUUUUCUGUUUACUUUAUCUUUUUUGCUGCUGUUUACUCAGUGUUAGAUUUCCAUUAAAUGAAUUGUCAUUGGUCCUCCUGAAGUUAAAUGUACCUCUCUCAGUAAUGAAGAAUGAAAUUUAACAAUGAAGGAGAGUCCUGGAAGAAGGGCGAGUUUGUUUUUUCCAAACUGGAAAGGCAGGUUGCAAUAGUCCUAGCGGCACCACUGCUUGCCCAGCUGCGCAGUGGCUGAUUAAAGAAAGAAGUAAACGUGAAUUAUGACGGAUCAUGUGGAACUAUCCUCAAUUGCAAAGCCUGAAUAAAAUAUGCAUUUUUAAAAGCUAGUUUUGCCUUCAUUUCUUAUGUUCCUCUCAUCAAAGAAACUUUUUGACUUUGUGCAUAGUGAGUUUCUGUGUAUAUCUUUUCAUCUUGUAAUAUUUUUGUUCACUUAAUACAUCGAGGACUAAGAAACAAAACCGCUUAACUGACAAUUUUGGUGAAAAUGAGUUAGUGACGUUGCUGCAUACAACAAUAGUAAUUAUGCAAACUGGCGUGUUUAAUUUUUUCCAAUUCCGCAUGAGAGCGCUGUAAUGACGCUGUAAUGUUCAAAAAAAUUGCAAAUCUAACUUCAAA